ACAGUGCGCAUGCGCUACAGGAAAUUUUAUCCCGGAAGUGCCCUGGACUGCGGGUGGAGUAACACCGAAACUAAAUUUUGACGAAUGUUUGCCGAAUUCUUCGGAUAGUCGCGGUUUCUUAGGCCAGAUGAAGAAUUUCGCUCACGAUUGGACGUAAACCGGAGCCUCUGUUGAGCGAGUUGACAUUGUUUUAGCGGUAUUCAUACAGAAACAAGCGCGGAAAAUAUUUCAGUCGUUUUACGGAAAUACCGUUAGCAGACAGGCGCCCCCCUCCCUCCCUAAAUUUUGACAGCUACUUUUUGUUCACAACGCCCGUCUGAGAAGGACUCUAAAGCUUCCAUGAACAACGCAAGUGACCGCAGGGACAGUGUAGAGGCGCCCAUCACCGAGGUCUGCGUGGUAUCGGGCAAGGAGAGAUGCCCACAAGGUUUUAAACUACUUGGUGAGACAGAAGAUGGGAAAGAUGGUGACCUCUGGACUGACAAGUUUUUUGGCAAAAAGGUUACAAGAUACAUCUGCUUCAACAGAGCAUAUGCUAACGUUGGUGGCAAUGUCCUUGCAGAUGUGGCCCUACUGGGGGAGAGGGAUAUCGUCCCUACAGGCUACUCCCAGAUCACUGCAACAGCAGACACAGGAGAAGUUGCACUGAAGAAAAGAAUUCUGUGUAUAAAGAUGCUUCCAAGGAACAUGACAGACUCAGCUAUCUGUGACAUCAAGUUGUUGGCAAAGACCAAGAGGCCGCCGCCUGGGUUCACAUUUGUAGGGGAAGUGAACAGUAUCUCAGUGUCCUAUAAGAUGGGUCCUGUACAGAGAACACCAGGCCCGGGCCGACCUGCCCCCGGUCCACCCCAAAUGUCCAGACAACAGUCACAACCCCUCACAGAGCAGCCAGUUCCUGCAAGUCCAUCAUAUGCUCCAGAUGUACAAAGACAAUACCAUACCCUUCCUGCCGACAUCCACAGACAGAGAGCCGACGUCAUCCCCCUCACCAGACAGAUGUCCACAGUCAAAAUAGCAACAGCUGUAGAUGGCAUCCCAUUUGAAAUUAACAAAAAACUAGGAGCAGACAGUAUCAAAGAUUUCUCCUUACCAGAAAUGCAAUAUCAAACAGAGCAGGAGAUUGAAAAUAAGUACAAGUAUGACUUCACAGCAGAAAGGACAGCAGCAGCCAGAAUUCCUCCAAACUUUUAGAAAAAUCGUCUCAAUGGACUUUUACAGCUAAAAAUCCUUGCAUGUGUGUGGUGAUAUAAUGUUUUUGUUCUCAUCUACCGUAUCAUUGUUUUUGUCAGUGAGGUAUAAUUGCUCAGGAAAAAACGAGAGAUAAAGUCAUGGGAAUGUCAGUAUCCUCUUCUAUUGUUUUGUGUCACUUUUUAUUGUCCAAACUUUCUUCUGAGUAGCCAUAGGCCCUUGUCUAGCUUAUUUAAUCAUUAAUGGUAGACUUUCUUGUCUCGUCUCGUCACUAACAUAAUUCUAGGCAACUUAUAAUCAUUUAUAUCUGACAUAAUAUUGACAACAAAAAUUGUUGUGGCAUGCUAAAGACUUGGACAAUUGAGUUCACUAUACAAAUGUAGCUACAUUACAAAAACACAAUACAGGGUUUUAGAUUAUACUGUUAGUGAUUACACCACUUUUUUUUUUCUUUGCCUAGUAGACAUUCUUUAUAGCUACGGGGAAUUCUGCAGAAAUAUUUCUGCUCUUCAACACCCCCCUCUAUUUUGUCACCAGGAUAUGAUGUUAGAAAGUAGAUGCAAUAUUUUUAUAGAUAAAAUGCUUGCUCCUAUUGUCUUCGAUUGAACAAGGUUUGUGCGUAAGUUAAUUAGCAUGCCUAGGAAAAGAAGCACGUACAUUGUGUCUUUUUGUUUUAAGAAAAAGCCUGUUGCCUUUAACAAUUCGCUAGAAACAUUGUUGUGAUAGAAUAUAUUAUUGCUAUAGCUAUACAUAGUUUGUGCUUGGUUUUAACUAGCUUGUCCAAAGGUGUGAACAUACUUGUUUUGAUGCAGGGAAUCCCAAUGAAAUGCAUAUUGCAUAAUCCUCAUCUAAAUGUUCAUUUUAUGAAAGCUGUUUUCCUAUUAUGUGUGUUGUAGAUAUGAAUAAGUUAUAACUAAUGCCAUAUGUUUGUUUUAAUAUACUAGCAAUGGCUGAGAUAUUCUCAGGCCUCGUGUAUUUCAAAUAAUUCAUUGACCAGCCAGAUGUUGAAAUUUGGCUUGUGAACAUGGGAUAUGAACUGUUGCUAACAAAUAAUCUAUUAUUGCUCACAAUUUUGGCAAACAUAAUUACCCAAAGAUUGAUUUUUUGUUUUGACACACAGAACUCUUCUAAGCUGGGACAUAGUGGGAGCUACUUGUCAUAAAGGGAAACAUGUUAAUAUUGAAAGCAGAAUGUUCAUUUAUGAUUAAUAAAAACUGAUUUGAGAACAACAAGAUGAACAUUUUGUACAAUACCAACUUCUUUAUCACUGAUAAUAAGAUUUUUGGUCAUUCAAUGUUCACCACCUCAUAUCACCAAUGGUUCCUUAACUCUUCUUAAUAAAACUCUUCUUGAUAAUGAUUAAUAUUUCAGAAGAGUUUAAUCCAUGAAAUGACGAAAUGUAGUUUAAAAGACUGCAAAGUAAGAAAAUGGGUGGAACAAUCCAGACAAGUGGCUUUGUUAGAUUUGCCAUCUGUGUUAAACUCAUUUGAACAAGUCUGUGUAUCACAGGUAUAAUCAUGAUGAAGUAGAUAGAAGGCACUUCAAGCUUUCCUCAAGGAUCUUACUAUUGUCUAAGAUACUGAAGUUCCUUGAUUUUUAUCUUGAAUAUCAAAAGUUGCUGCUUAUUGACUCAUUCUCUGUGGUGAAUUGCAUGCAAUUAAAUGAUGUCAAUUCAACUUCUUAAAUUAUUUUUAAGAGCAUUGUUUGGAAUUGAAGAUUAACAUUUGAAUUCUUGUCAUGUAAUGCCCCUAAAAUGAAGAAACAUUUUUCUUCAAAGUUUUGAUUUGUGUAUGAUAAAACAAACUGGUUUAAAGGCAGACAUUGGAAGGUGAAGAAAUCCAUCCUUGAGAAAAUCAUAAAUAAUACAUACAACUAAAAAGCAUCCUAUAUGAUUAACAGGAGUUUACUGACGUCUGUAAAGGUGUGGUUUCGUACAAAUAUGAUUUACCUUGCGUUACAGAUAGUAUCACAAUAAUAAAGUGUCGUCUCAGAGAA